UGGCGGUUGUUAUAUUAGGAAAUACAGGAAUCUUUCCAACAAGUUAAAAUUUUGUGGGUGUAGAAAGGAGCUUUCAAACAAAUUUAUUCUGAUCAAUGGUGUUUAGUGUUAUAUGUCCAUAGCAUUAUGGACAGUUAACGAUAUCUAUUUGCUUCUAUAAAAAUAGUACUUUAUCUCAUAACAAUAUAGCGGUAGGAGACCGCAUUUAUUUACGAAAUAGUUUUUCAAUAAUAAGUGAAGUAUUACUUUAGUAGUUUGAUUGUUUACGUAAGUUAUGAUGUAUUUUAUGUGUUAAUGCUUUUUGUAUAACAAGAUUACGUCGAGAUGUGUUUGUGAGCCUUUUCCCUCUAAAAUGGAUGAAUCUGAGGAGUUCAAUACGCUAGCCUUUGAAAAGAAACUUUCUCAGUUGAAAGAUACUCAGGAGAGUAUCCAAUCAUUAUCUUCGUGGUGCUUAAAACAACGUGAUCAUCAUAAAAAGAUUGUUUCGAGCUGGUUGAAUGUUUUGAAACGGGUUAAAGUGGAGCAAAGAUUAGUGUUGUUCUAUCUCGCAAAUGAUGUGAUCCAAUAUAGUAAAAGAAAGAAUUAUAAAUUCGUUGAAAGUUGGGGAUUAAAUUUACAGAAAGCUACACCUCUGGUCAGGGAUGAAAAGGUUCGACCGAAGAUAUUAAGGAUAUUUAAAAUUUGGGAACAAAGAUCAGUUUAUGAUGAUGAAUUCCUAUCUGAUUUGACCGGGCUGCUCAGUGCAGGACCUGGUAAAAAGGCUGAUGAUGAUCCCCUGGAUUUUCAACCACAGCAAUUAGUGAACAAAAUAAAGCAAUGCACAGUACUGGAGAUGGAUACAGAUUUAAGGUUGAAAUUUAUACAUGAGAGUCAUUUACAACUCUCGGAUUCUGAUGCGUUACGAGCUAGUCUUAAGGGAUUUUUUACAGAUAGAAGUAAUAAAGAUGAUGUUGAGAAGGAAUUAAACGAAGGUAUUGCAUGUGUGGAGAGGUACACACAAGCUUUACAAAGAGAGAUAGUUGCUAGAGAGGCGUUAUUAGCUCUCCUCACUUCAGCGGAUCAUUACUACUCUACACAACGUGGGGAAGUCAAAGUUGUUGCUUAUGCUUACAAAACGUUUGGGGCGCGUGUCCGUGCAUUAAAACGAAAGUUGGACGAACUUAUUCCCACAUUACCUAGUGCCAUGCCCUCACCACCGGAGAGGGAUGAGGAUGUUCCCUCGCCGGGACCUGAUGAGGAUUUGGAUCUUCCUAAUAAUACUGGAUCUGGAGAUGAUGACAUAUCAUAUAAUAUUGACAGAACAUUCAACACAUCAUUGGCAGCUGAUGGAUCUUUAUACAAUCUGGGAUUAUCAUCGUUCUUAACAUCAGAAAAUCCUUUGUCACUUUUCAAUAAAUCCGAAGAGGUUAAUAAUUCAAACAAAAUAGAAGUAAUAAACAACAGGUCAAGUGAAAAGCAAGAUUUUAAUAUAAGUGAUUUUUUGAAGACAUUAGCACCAAAUGAGACUAACAUACAGACUACAGAAAGUAAUACAGCGGUGAACACAACAAUAUCUCAAAAGUGUCAAGAGGCGUUGCCCGGCUUGGACCUGCUGACGCCGGAGAGCACGGGCAACCCGCCACCGACUUCAUUCUAUGGUACUAAUGUUGUUGAAACUGUACACGAUGAUACGGAACCAACUUUCCAACGAGAGCCUGCUAAUGCAGCUUGGAACACCAACACUUGGGUACCACGAACAAGCCCACUGAUGCUUCGCGGCAUGUUUGCGGACACGCCGGAGUCUCCCCCGCCCGCGCCCCUGCCGCCGCCGCCCAUGCCCAAUAUGCCCAGCAUGCCCACGCUCGCAAUGCCCACGCCGCCCACACCGCCCACUUUGCCCACUAUACCGACAAUACCAGUCAUGAAUGUACGGACGGAUUCCUAUAAUCAGGAGACGACGCCAACAGACGUGGAUCACAGAGCACUCCCGCCUCCGCCCCCGCCCCCAGUACUGCCCCUGCUUACACACAUAGAGGAUAUCGACCACAGACUGCUGGCCGCGCCCCCCGCACCGCCCGCACCUCCCGCACCACCAGUCACCACGGCACCGCGACAUAUCGUCUCACAUCAAGAUGUGGACCAUAGAAAUUUAAUAUCACUGACACAUCAGCUGACGACAAACACACAUCCUAUUGAAGAUCAAGACUAUCGCGUGCCACCAAUAACCGCGCCCAGCGACAUCGUGGAGAGUGUAGAUAUGGACCUGUCCGAAGAUGAGGACCUUCAAGGGCUGUACCCAUCACAGACGAAUGCUGAACACAUCAGACGUCUCAGUUUUAUCAAUAACAAAGUUCUUGUAGGAGGUGAUAAUGGAAAGAUUGACAUGAACGAACAGAAUAAUCAUAAUCUUAUACAAAUUCAUCACAGAAGAGAAAGAGAAGAACCCAACUUUAUGCCACCACCGAAACCAUUCUCAAAUCAAGAACUUAUGAACUCCGGAACUCUGGAAGCUCUUCCCGAGUUUGAUGAAAUGUUUGAAGACGAUAUAAGACAUCGAGGUAUGGAACUGAGUGCGGAUAGAAGAAAUGCUUCGCCCCCAGAGUUUCAGAAUGAUUGGCCUCAACCAAGAUCGUUAUUGAACCAACGUUUCCCCAGAAAUUGGCAACCUAGGACUAAUUUCAGGCAAUUCACGCCUCAGUUCCGGCCUAGGAACGGACCUAGGCAGACGAGCAGGUGGCCCGGACCUAGGCCUCAAAGAUUUUGGUGAUGUGCAGUGUUGUGAAGUGAUGCAGUUAUAUACAUUGCUACAGAUUGUAGCUGAUUAAAUAGUUUUAUUGAGACAUUUCUAUAAAUAUAUGAUAUGAUCCCUUAUAUGUUAGGUUUGGAGUUAUUUUAUUCAUAUAACCUGUGUACAGUAGACCCUCAGUAAAUCCCAAAUCGUACAAAAACUAUAUUUUGGCAAAUCUUUCCUAAUGAAGGACCGGUUCAAACUGGUUCAAUCUGGUUCAAAGCGGUUAAAACCGGUUUAUACUGGUUACUUUUAUCAAAAUUGCUACUGGAAUAUAAUAAAUAAGAAUUCUAUAAUCAUAACAAGAUAUUUGUUAAAAAGUUUUGAACAAAAUUGAGUCUUUGGAUAUUUUAAAUAACAAAAAGUUUGUCGGAAUAUUGAGUGUUUACUGUACUGCACAAUUUCUUUAAAGGUCCUCGGGAUUGGAUUUAAUUAUACCCUUUUGUUGUUGAGAUAUGGAUAUCAAUGGGUAUGCUGAGACUCUAUCUAUAGUUGACCCAUACAAUGGAUACAAAAACACAAAUAGGAUAUAUUCAAAUAUUUUAUUUUGAUUUACGUAAACUUAUUAUUAUUAUUUUGGAUAUAUAUUUAUGUAUGUAUUAUGAAAGAGCCAGAUAACAGAUGCGGUAGUGUGCAAUUUUAAAAAUCGCGUCCGUGUUGCUUUUCUCUUAAAUAUUUUGGCUGGUUGUUAAUAUAAAAGAUAG